GCAACGCUGCACGACCCUUUAGCUUCCGAGUUCUUGCCGGAGCAACCAUGGGCCGUGUGCGCACCAAAACCGUGAAGAAGGUGGCUAAGGUCAUCAUUGAGAAGUACUAUACCAAGCUUGGGCUUGACUUCCACACCAACAAGAGAAUAUGUGAGGAAAUAGCAAUCAUUCCAAGCAAGCCUCUCCGCAACAAAAUUGCUGGGUUCGUCACGCAUUUGAUGAAGCGCAUCCAGCGCGCGCCAGUGCGUGGAAUCUCCAUCAAGCUGCAGGAGGAGGAGCGCGAGCGCAGGGACAACUUCGUGCCCGAGGUGUCGGCCCUCGAAAAGGACAUCAUCGACAUCGACCCCGAGACGAAGGAGAUGCUCAGCAUGAUGGACUUCGCCAAGAUCCCGGGACUGCAGGUGACCCAGCCCACUGCGAACACCUACGGAGGAGGCCCGCGCCGGUAGAGCAUUGCUGUUUUGAAUUCAUUGCAACAAAUAAAGGAGAAAACAGCA